AUGAAGGCACCACUCACCACUACUAUUCUCUCCGCCCUAGCUGCCAUCGGCAGUGUGGCUGCCAACCCUCUCCGUCCACUGGGAGAUCUGGUCAAGCGCAGUCCGGAUGGCAACUUCACCCUCUACGCCUAUGGACUUGCCUCUGAACCCGUCAAGUUGUUCUACGCUGAUGGACUGGCCUACUUCGGCACCGCCUCUGACUGGACCUAUGGCUCUGUUGUAACUGACAUCACCAUGACCUACAGCGACGAUGAAGUCUUCGCCGAAGCUCUCACCGAGGGAAUCACUCUCCCUGAUGACACUCUGCUAUAUAUCCGCCCGAAUGCCGACGAAGUCACGGAGGUUGGCUUGACGGGCGAUGACACUCCGUCGGAUGCAGUGACCGACAGGUGGAUCUGGUAUGGGGCCUGGAUCAUGUAUGAAUCUGACUCCGGAGAGUUGUUCGAUACGUUCUACGUCAAGGACACCAAUGUCUCGACGGUGUGGCAGCUGUAUUGGGUGCCGGAGGGGGUGUCGAGUAGUGGGUAUACGUUUGCGAAUGUGCGGGAUGUUGCUUAG